AUGGGUGGAGGCAACGGACAGAAGGCCAAGAUGGCUCGCGAGAAGGCGCAGGCCAAGAUGUCAGCUAACCGAGGCAGCCAGCUUGAGGUGAACCAGAAGGCUAUGAACAUUCAGUGCAAGGUGUGCAUGCAAACGUUCAUCUGCACGACAAACGAGGCCAAUGAUCGCACUCCAAGGCAUGGCUAUUAUGCAGGGAACAGGCUCAGGCUCUUCAAAAGCAUACUUUCUGGUUACAGCCAACACUGA